AUGCAUAGGAAGAUAACAGCAAAAAUGGAUCAGGAAGUAGUAGCAGUACAUCGGGCAGCUCCUCAGAAGAAGACUCUGAAUUUGAUAUGGGAGAAGCCGCCUCCAAACUUCUCAAAGUCAGAUGGGACUAUGACAAAGAUAAACACUAUGCAGCAGAUGAGUGAUCACCGCUAUGACAAGCUUACAGUUCCCAAUGACAGUGCAGCAAACUGUGUAUAUUUAAACAUUCCUGGCAAAGGCCAUAUUUUAUUGCACCGAGCCCCUGAGGAGUAUCCAGAAACUGCAAAGGUCUUUGAAAAACUGAAGGACCACAUGCUGAUCCCUAUAGCCUGUACAGAGCUAGAAAAAGUAGAUGGAUCACUGACUUGUACUUCUGUCCUUAUUAACAAAACUUCAGAAUUAUGAAUUUACAGACUCCCUCCCUUGUAACUGGCAAUAAUGUACAUGCAAGGUAGAUGAAUCUGUAUCCACUUUUAUUG